GUCGUCGUCGUCGUCGUCGCCGCUUCGUUGUCGCCGUCGUCGUCGUCGCCGUCGUCGUGCUGGUGGUGUGUGUGCUUUUUUCCUCUCCAGCUCUUGCCGGUGAAAUUUUCGUGUUUGCCUCUUUUCGCUGUCAACGCACACCCUCUCGAGCCGGCGAUUCUGAUACUGGUCCGAGAAAAAUGCACGAUUGUCUCUGUUGCGUGUAAGGUCAGUGACAAUCGUUACUGAAUUUAUCUCUCUAGGGAAAUACAUGUAAAUCAAUUGAUACAUUUAUUAUUUAUUUCCUUACAAGUCAAUUACGUUAAAAAAUGUCUCUCGAAGAUCGAACGAUCGAUAUAUCGAGGAUCGAUGACAGCGGUAAACGAGCGUGAAAUUGGUGGCAGCUGAUUGUUACACAAAAGUGAACUUUUGUUAUUUCCGUGUCAGUCUUCGUGUUUGAAAACUUGUUCCGAUCGAUCGAUCAAUCGAACGAUUGGAUAUAUCGAAAGGUGUCAAUCGAGUUGUCGCGCGUGCCGUAUACGUCAGUUCGAGACAGUGUUUCUGCCGGCCGAAGUGUUCGUUCUCUUGGCGAGUUUCUUCUGGGAGAAAAUGUCGUCGUUACGAACGCAAUCGACCGGCGGCGGGGUCCUCGGUUUGAGUAGCGUCGGUUCAGAUCGCACCGGAGCCGCCUCGACCGGUGCUGGGUCACAUUCGCACUCUCACAGGAAGCACCAUCAUCAUCACAGAAGCAGAAGCGCACCCAGGGCACCGGAAAAACCACCCAGGAAGCGUCAUCUUAAUCCUGGCCACAGCCUCGCCUCCAUUCCCAGCCAGAUUAAGCUGUCAAUGCUGAACAGCGGCCUCAUCUCGUUCACCACCGAGGAAUUGGGGAGCAGUAUGAGCACCACCCUACCGUCCGCACCGACAGAACUCUCGCAAUUCCCGAAGCUUUGCGAGCUACGACGAAAGUUUCCUGUUCUGUAUCGCGUGGAGUUUCAGACAGCAACGAAGGUGGAGACACACUCGUGUAGACACGCCACGAAGCCAGCGAACAAGGAGAAGAAUCAGAACCAGAAAUGUAUUCCUUACGACUAUAACAGGGUGGUGUUAGACACGAUCGAAGGCGAACCUGAUUCCGAUUACGUUAACGCAUCCUACGUAGAUAGUAUAUUGAAACCGAAUGCUUACAUCGUGACUCAGGGACCCAUGGAGAACACUGUAACAGAAUUCUGGCGAAUGGUUUGGCAAGAGAAGGCAUGCUGCAUCGUGAUGCUAACAAAAACGUUCGACUUCAUCAGGGUGAUGUGUGUCCAAUAUUGGCCCGCGAGCAAAGACAAGGACGAAGAGUACGGCGGUAUCGGGGUUUCCGUGUUGAAGGAGGAGGAACUGGCCAAUUUUCACAUACGAACGAUAAAGCUGUACAAGAAAAACGAGAACGACGAAAUCACAGAGGAGAGAACAUUGUUACAAUUCCAUUAUACGGAAUGGCAUUCGCACACGUGUCCGUUUGGAAACGCGGUUUUAGAGUUCCGCCGGCGAGUAAGAGCGGUGGUCGGAUCCACCAUAAAGAACGAGUCGGGUCCCAUGGUAGUUCACUGCAAUGACGGCGGAGGAAGAUCAGGAGUGUACUUGGCGAUAGAUGCAAAUAUGGAGCUGGCCGAGGAGGAGGACGCUUUCGACGUCUUCGGCUACUUGAAGAAGUUGAGGCAAAGCAGAAGAGGUCUUAUCGAGAACUUGGAGCAGUACAAAUUCGUGUACGACACGUUGGAGGAGUUCGUAGUGUGCGGCACAUCAUGGUUUCCGGUCUCCGAGCUAUCCCAGCGUCUCAAGCAGAAGAGCAUAAAAAAUCCCAUAACCAAGAUGAAUGAAUACCAACGAGAAUAUCAGCAGAUUUGUAAGCAAACGCCGCGUUUUACGAUCGGGGAUUGCGCUGGAGGGCACAGGGCUGACAACAGAGAAAAGAAUAGGGACGUUUUGGUAGUGCCACCUGACAACUUUCGACCGUACCUCACCAGUUUCCAGGGUAACAGUUACACUGACUACAUAAACGCUGUUUUUGUGGACGGUUAUACGAAACCCAGGGAGUAUAUUGUAACGGAAUGGCCACUUCGACACACGUGCGGUGAGUUCUGGUCGCUGGUUUACGACUACGAGUGUGCAGCGGUAGUGGUACUUUGUGUACCACCGCCCGGCUCCACCAAUUUCCCCAGCUUUUGGCCCGAGGGGAAACACUCGAAGAAAUACGGACCUGUUUUCACCAUUGAUCACAUCAGUCACAAUCACUAUACCAACAUCAAAACAUGGAUUUUCAGGAUAAACAAGAAAAUAGUGUCCCUAACCGAGCUGAUGGCUGGAGUAAAAGCUCCCCCAAAGACGGUUCAGCUGUUUCAAUUAACCUGCUGGCCCAUGGGUCACAAGGUGCCAACGUCCACGAACAGUUUGGUGGAGCUGAUGAACAUGGUUGAAAGAUGGAGGCAACGAACGGAUUAUGGACCUGUCGCCGUUGUUUCGCCGGAUGGGAGAAGUCGUUGCGGCGUGUAUUGCGCCGCAAACGCGUGCAUAGAACAGGUCAUUCAACAUGGGGAAGUGGACAUUUUCCAGGCAGUUAAAACCGUACGCAGGCACAGGCCUCAGCUCGUAGAGAACAUGACGGAAUACAAAUACUGCUACGACCUGGUGCUGCACUACGUGCUACACUACCUGAACAAGGACAUGAACGAGAAAAAGUGAGAAAGCGAGUUGAGGGACGAG